UCCUAUAACUCCUAUCGCGUCCCGUUGACCCAUCCCUCUACGCCCUCCUCCUCCUCCUCCUCUUCCUCCUCCACUUCCUCCCUUCCUCCUCCUCUUCCUCCUCCUCUUUCUCCUCCCUCUCCCCAACGCGCUUUGCCCUCAGUCCAGUCUCUCUCGCUGCCAACAAGAUCCCGCCCGCAUCUACCAAGGUCGAGCCACUUGAUUCCCACAGCUCUGCUGUGCAUUUCAACAUCCCCCCAAGAAGUCGCAGCAAUGGCGCACCACAACGAGAACAUCGUCACUGCCGAGGGCGCAUCCGACGAGACCAAGAUCGGAUACAGCGAGGAGAAGGAGGACACCCUUCCCCACGGCACCGUCGCUGACGACGACCCCAACCACCAUCUGCACCGCGGCCUCAAGUCGCGCCAGAUUUCCAUGAUAGCCAUUGGUGGUGCCAUUGGCACGGGCUUGAUUAUCGGAACGGGACAAGCACUCGUGAAUGCCGGUCCGGGUUCGCUUCUCAUCGCCUACGCUGCCGUCGGCGUUCUCGUAUAUAUGGUUAUGGCGGCUCUGGGCGAGAUGGCAGCGUGGCUGCCGCUCGCAUCGGGGUUCACUGGUUAUGCACAUCGCUUCGUUGACCCUGCGCUGGGCUUCUCUCUCGGCUGGACUUACUGGUUCAAGUACAUCAUCGUGACCCCGAACAAUUUGACAGCCACGGCACUCGUCAUCAAAUACUGGGUGCCACCGGAGAAGGUCAACCCAGGUGUUUUUAUCGCCAUUUUCCUCGUUGCGAUCGUGCUGAUCAACUACUUUGGCGUCAAAUUCUUUGGUGAAUUCGAAUUCUGGCUUUCCAGUAUCAAGGUCACCGUCAUCCUCGGUCUCAUCCUGCUCAGUCUCGUCCUCGCCUGCGGCGGCGGCCCCGAAGGGGACCCCAAGGGAUUCCGCUACUGGCACCACCCCGGCGCAUUCAAGCCGUACGCCGACGUCCAUGGCGUCAGCAGACCCGCGGCGCAAUUCAUCGCGUUCUGGUCCUGCCUGACCACCGCGGUUUUUGCGUACCUUGGCAUGGAACUUGUCGGCGUCACGGUCGGAGAGGCGCAGAACCCGCGCAAGGUCAUCCCCCGCGCCAUCAAGCUCACCUUCUACCGUAUCCUGCUCUUCUACGUCGUGCUCGUCUUCCUCCUCGGCAUGAUCCUGCCUUACGACAACAAGGAGCUCAUCGCGGCCACCUCGGAGUCUACGUCGGCUGCCGCGUCGCCUUUCGUUGUCGCCAUCCAGAUCAGCGGCAUCAAGGUCCUCCCUGCGCUCCUUAACGCCUGUAUCCUCAUUUUCGUCUUCUCCGCUGCCAACUCCGAUCUCUACAUUGCAUCCCGAACUCUCUACGGUCUCGCAGUCGAGGGCAACGCCCCCAAGAUCUUCGCCCGCACCGAUCGCCGUGGUGUCCCCAUCUACGCGCUCGGUCUGUCCUCGCUCUUCUGCCUCCUCGCCUUCCUGAGCGUCGACACCUCCUCCAUGACCGUCUUCAAGUACUUCGUCAACCUCGUCACCAUCUUCGGUCUCCUGACCUGGAUCUCCAUCCUAGUCUCCCACAUCUGCUUCGUUCGCGCCCGCCGCGCCCAAAACGUCCCCGACAGCGCCAUGGCCUUUGUCUCCCCCGGCGGAGUCUGGGGCUCGUACAUCAGUCUCGGCUUCUGUUGCCUUAUCGCCAUCUUUAAGGGCUUCAACUACUUCCUGCCCAAGCACACUGGCAAGAGCGCGUACGGCGACUGGGACUACAAGAACUUCAUCACUGCGUACCUGGGCAUCCCGCUGUACCUCAUCAUGAUCUUCGGGUACAAGUUCAUCAUGAAGAGCGAGGGCGUGCGUCCGGAGACUGCGGAUCUGUACAGCGGGAAGGCGCGCAUCGAUGAGGAGGAGCUGGAGUAUCUUGCGGCGGAGAAGGCGAGGAAUGGAGGGAAGGAGGAGACGAAGUGGGGACGCAUUUACAGGCGGACUAUUGGCACGAUCUUUUAAGCCCUGCUUUUUUAAGAUGGUGUGUAUUUUAUGAUCAUGUUUUUUUGUCUGUAGCGUGAAGAUUGGGGUGGGUAAGGUAGGGGGGAGGAAGUAUGUAUGUAGCAUGGAUACCCAGACCGCGGAGGACGCGGGAGAUCUAAAUUUUACCAUUUAUUAACUCGCGCUU